CAUAAAGUAGGUUUCUCAUACCGUCGGCAUAAAAAGAAUAGAAAAAAUGCAACAAGCGAAUGCUAUCAAAAAUUAUUCUGGUUUUCAAAGCAGCAUUACGAAUAUUGAAAUAGCUCCUUCUUGAUGCAUUCAGCUUACGUGCUGAAACACUUGGAAAUUUUCUUUUCGUCAAGGAUUCAUACAAAUAGAAGCUAGACAAGCCAUUUCUCUACUUUGUAAGUUGAAAAAUUUUUCUAAGAUUCAAAUUGUUUCAAAAAAACAAGGUAUAGGGUAAUUAUAGGGCAAAAACAAUUUUUGAAUGGCUGUUCACGCAUAACGAGUGUCCUUCAUUCUUUCUUUCAUGUCGAAGCAAGUUUUCAAUCGGGUAUUCAAACCUUUGGUUGAAUAUGUGCCUUCAAAUCUAAGAAGUAAAAAUGUAAACCCUUUGCCUAUAGGAAACUUGGCUAAACUAAAGAUCAGUCCUGAAGAAAUGCAAAUAAUUCGGUCGACACGAAAGCUAGCAAGAUCAAAUUAUAUGAAUAUGUAUUGUAUUCCAAGGAUUUGGUUAUUUCCCUUUAUAGAAAGCCUAAACACAAAACCGUUUCGAUACCCAACCUUGCAUUACACUGGUAACCCUGUCCGUUUAUCUAUAAGAGCUGGGAAAAAAGGAGUCCAUAAGAGCUCUGUUAUUCGCUCUCAUAGCUCGCGGCGAGUAAGACAAGCAUUUAUUGAUGUUUUGGAAGCUUUACAUCAAAGUGGACAUCGUUGUCUUCCAGAUGAACCUGUGGACGUGAUUGUCGAUACAUACAAUGGUGGUACCACAAAUAUCUCAUAUGAAACUCUUUUUUAUGACAUACAGCGCUCUUGGCUAACUUGUCUCCAUACCUACCAUCGACAGAAGCCUCCUAAUAUCCAAGCUCUCUAUCAUAAUCAUACGAAUGUGGUUACAUUCGGUUCCGACAAUAUAAUACUCUAUAGAAAAUGAUUAUAAGUACAGUAUAUAAAAAAAGAUUAUGUACAUAGCAUGCGAUUCCUUGAGACAAUUCGACAGUAAAUUAAAAUCCGUUUCACGCAA